CACAGACUCAAAAAUUGUCCUGUGCAUUGCAUGAAUUUGAAUGUCCAAUGCUGCCACAUCACCCACAGUCAAACAGCUGAGCUGUGGUCAUGCCAACUUAUUAUUUGAAACACCUAUUGCUGUGGCUAUGAAUGCAACCACCACAAUGCCCAUCUCUAGGCCAGUAAUAUUGAUUGCUGCUCGUUGUUGUUGUGGUACGGUACGGUACGAAUGUGAAAUAAUUUGAAAAUGUAAAAUAGCGUAGAAAAAUAUAUACGAAAGGUAACUAAUUAGCUAACGACGAUAAUUUAAAGUACGCAGCUCACAAACGUCAUGGAAUUUCCUCAACAAAUCGAAGAAAUCUUGGUGUUGGAACGUCAAGCAAGUUAUGCAUACGAUGGCGUAAUGGAACCGGUUUUGCAAGCCAAGUCCAACAACAAUUUGAAUAGUAAAGUAUCGCCAGGGUCGGACAAGAUGAGUUCCAGCAUUAACAGCACGCUGGAGGAUACAACGCCCAGCGAUUCUGGAGUCCAAUUGUUGGACUCAGAGAACAGCGAUGUGAUGAUUGAAUCGAUCACCUCACAGGUGGGACUGGAAUACGAGGAACUUUUGAAGCCGGCAGCAGGCAUUCCAGCUCAACUACCCAUGGAUCCCAAUUCGAAUGUGGCGCCAGAGGAGACAAUGACGACAAGCGCCUGUUCGACAUUCGACACAACCGAGAACAUUGUUUACAGACGCAAAGCUCGUAAGGCAUCCUCCACACCGAAAGCGCCUAAGAAACGUGUCUCCUUCCACGAGGAUAUACUAAAAAAUACACGUACAGACAACAUACACAUAGAGCAUGGCUUUGUAACAUAUAAAAAUGGACGCAAAUUGGCGCAGCAAGUGGGGAACUCGGCAGGAGUCGCAGGCGCUGCCGGUCGAUAUUCGUGGUGUGCAGAGCGCGAGCGUGUUUCGGGACCCACAGAGCUAAGCGCUGCAGGUAAGGACGAUGACGACGAUGGCGAGGACGCAGCAGGCGGUGCUCUGGGCCGAAAUCGACGCUUGGUCUAUCGGAAUGCCUGCUCGGAUGUGCUCGACUAUGGCAAUGCAGAUAUCUAUGACACCAAUGAGCCCAAUGGCCUGCAAUACGAUAAUUCAGGUGUUUUCGAAUACGGACCGGCUGGCAAUAAACAGUCGGAUGAGCAGCUGCUCUAUCGCUGCGCCUGCUCGAGCUCCAAUUCUAGUCUAGAUUCCGAUGAGCAGCAGGACAAGAACUCAAAUCGCAAACAGUACGAGCAGGCUAAAAGCAGCUCCUGCGACUGCAUAGGCAUGAGCAAUGCCAACAAUAAUCUGAUUGGCGAAAAUUGCUAUUACUCGGAACCCAAUAUUGGCAAUGCAGGCAGUCCCAAGCAAAAGUCCGUUUGGAACAAAGAGAAGAAACCAAAAUCCAGCUGCUUAAAGAAAACCAAACGCCAGACAAACAUCAUACACGAGCAGGAUCUCAAUGGUCGCGUUAAGAAGUUCAAUGUACAUGACAUUAAACAUCAAUUGCUGGACAACAGCAGCAAAAUGAUCUUCGGCUCCUUAAAGAGCAUUUUUACCAUGCCGCUGCCGGAACGUGGCGUACCCGAGGGCUCAGAAGAUCUCCAAGCGGUAGUGGAGUGCGUGCCGGAAUUGGAACAAACGCCAGAGCACAAACCAAACAAAGCGCUACCAGAAUGUACGUCAGAGUCGCCUCCGCUCAAAGCAAAACCAUUUCUCAGCAAAAGUCUGGAUGGCAAUAAGCAGGCGCAGGGCGUCAAAAAGUUUGUGCACAAUGUUGACGAGCAAUUGCGACGCAAAAACGAUGAGUCAAGCACAAGCAACACCCCAAACUCACCCAUGGAACCAAAACAACCCAGUAUGCUUCGACGUCAAGAUGAGUUCGAUAAAGAAACAGCAAUGCCAGCCAUCCCGUCGCAGACUCUAAACAGCACACAACCCGAAUUUCGUAGCAAAUUCAUUAUCAACUGCGAGAGCACAGUAUUCGAGCACACAGGCGUCUCCUACGAGACCAGCGAGCCGGUAGCCACAUCGCCCGCGGCUCAGCACUCCAGCGUUGCGAGUCUUUUGGAACGCGACACGCCUGUCGCACAGCCGGCAGCCAGUCAGUUGCGUAGCACCUUCAUUGGAGCGCCUAUCGCCAAGACCUUUAGCAACUUCUUUCGCAGUCUCACGGAGAACGCCAACUCGCCAGCAGCAGCGGAACGCAAAGCCUUGGAAAAGGAGCAGCAGCAGCAACAAAAACAACACCAAAAGGAAGCCACUGAAAGCUAUUUCGCGCUAAAAAUGUCGAAGCCAGCAGCUGGCACACCGGAUCAGCCACAGCCCACAGUCACGCCUCAUUGUAAGCUGCCCACGACCCACUCCUCAUCAACCAUAUCAGAGCUAAGCUCCAUCAGCAAUACGAACACAAAUUCCAAUUCUUGCUCCUUGCCCAAGCCACAAAUUAACGUUAAUGGCCUGGCCUUGGGGAAUGUGGAGCGGCAAUCGCGACAUUUGCCAUCACCGUUGAAGAAACGCGGUAGCGUUGGCAAUGUUCAACAGCCCCAGCGCUAUGGUUUGGCCCACAAUAGUGGUGGCAGUCACAACAACAGCGAACAGCAACAUAGUCGCAGUCUGCAUAGUCCCGAUUUGUUUCACGGUUCUGUCGGUUAUUUAGGCGCACGAGAGGGCAGCGGACGGGACUCUAAGAGCACUAUAUUAAGCGAAGAAUUCGAUGAUAUCUUAACUAUAACUACCACCACAGAUACGGGCAUAGAUAAGCAGACAAUAAACACAACAGAUGGCAGUGAUUUGGUCAUUCUAGACUAUCCGGAUAUGUGUGACUCGCGCCAGUCGCUGGACUAUGCUCAAUUGCUGAAACCGCCAGCUGCGCCCGCAGCCAAAACCUCGCUCAUAAAUCGCUUUCUGCGGAAUGUCACACAGAAGAAAAUACUCGAGUCUUCAAUACGUAAAAAUAAUUUCUUCGCGGAUAAAUUGCGCAGCGAACAGAAAUUGUUGGCUUCGCAUCUCUAUGUGCGCGGUGCGCGACCCAAGAACUAUGAACUGAUUGACGAUUUGAAUGCGGAAAUUGCAAUGGAAAUUGAAAUGUCAGGCGCUAAUUCGCCGCGUCGUGAGUUAGCUGUUGGCAUGGACACAGACCUACCCGGCGAUAUAUCCCGCUUUGAACUGGGCAUCGGUGAGAUCUCAAUUGAUAUAUUUAAUGGCAAAAGUUUGCCAAUUUUACGUGAACCCAACGAGCAUCUGCUGAAGGUCUUCAAAUUGUACACUGGGUAUAGCUGUGAGGGUUUCAUGACGCCGGUGCUGGUGCUUUUAACCGAUAAGACGCUCUAUGUGGCGGAUUUGGUGCGCAAUUGCUUGUGUGCCAAAUUUGUGCUAGCCUACAAGGAUUUGGAUGUCAUUUUGAUGGGUCCGUUUGGCAAUACGGUUUUGUUGAGCAACAGCAUGCGGGAUAUGCAGCAAGUGCUAUUGGCCGGUGGACCGUAUCCUGCCGACGCUUUGGUAGCCAACCUGGAGUUGUGUGCGCGACGCAGCGGCUCGACCUUGCCCGCGGUGGGGCAACUCACAUUGGAGCAUCUGAGUCCAUUGCAAGCAUUCGUGCGGGCCAACAGCUGUGUGGGUAAGGACGAACGCUGGAUGUUCUAUGCCGUGGUUAAUAUGCCCGCUGGUGGUGCCUUGGGCAUGGGACUGGCUGGGGAACAGGAGCCGCUCGGUCCGCACGUCAAAGGCUUUCUCAUGCACCGACGUAUCAAGGAGACGGCCUCAGCUGCCGCUAUCGGAAAAUUGCAGUGGCAGCCGGGCUACUUUUUGUUAAAAGCUGGCGUGCUAUAUAUGUUCAACGACUCCACUCAAAAGCUGCCUAGCUGGGCCAUGGCUUUGGCGGAAUGUCAGGGUGCAAGGCGUGCUGUGAAGUCGGCGCGUCCGCAUUGUUUUGAAAUAAUGCUGAAGGGCGAAUUUCUACAAAUGGCCGCACCAGAUGAGUAUGUGGCAUCGGAAUGGCUACAAGCCUUGCUGCAAUCGGCCAGCGGUCUCUUUGAAUUGCAAGAGAAGCACAAAACUCUAGGCUGUACUUUGAUAGUGACACAAAACCAUUUAAUCACACUACGCGAGGACUUCGCUGCGCCAUUGCGUCAGCUCAAUAAACAUGUGGCUUCCCCGUCCACUGCUCCAACAGUGGAACUGUCCAAGCCUUUGUUGCGCGAUGAGGAUAUGCUUUCAGUCUUUGAAACGGCCAGCCUGCUGAGCUCCACUAUGAGUACACCUACACGGGGAACCCAACGCUCCUGCUCUUCGUUGAACUCCACGCCCACUAAAACAUCACAAAUAUCACGCACCUCGACCGAAAACAUAAAGCCCGGUGUGCCACAAUCCAAAGCUGUGUCCACAAAUAAUAUGAGUAGCGUUUAUGGAAAAAACUCUGGCCUGGAAAUUCUUACUUGUGCGGAUAUAAAGGCGAUGACUGGCAUUAAAAUCCCCUCGCAUAGCGAGACUUGGUGGUGCAUAUUGGAGUUCUCGUGUCAGGAGGCGCCUUUAGAGUGUGUCGAUGAUUUGGUAAUCUUCUUUGCGAGCAGCAUGGAAAUGCAACGAUUUCUGCGCCUUUUGGAACAGCUCUGGCAAUCGAAGAAUAACGACCUCUUUCCCAUUACCAUACUGGACGAUGAUGAGGCGCUUGCUGAGCAAUGCACCACAUUAUAUUUUGAUAUAAAUCGGGCUUGGGAACCACUGCUUUCGGCCGCCCUAGGCUAUCCACUCUAAGGCCCUAUAUACUCUGAUAUUCUUCCAAAUAUGCAAUGCUAAAAUCAAUAUUUCAAUGCAAAAUACUCUACCAUGUGGUAUCUAUAUCAUAUAUCUCGCUUAACUAUAUACAUGCUCUCAUAUAUAGUGUAUUAUGGAUCUUGAUUUUUGAAAUUCUACAUUCGCUUCAUUAACUCAUUUGUGCUGUUAUAUGUAUUUGUUUGUGAUAUUAACUUUUAAGUUAUAAAACGUAUUUUUUUCGUUAAUACAUUUUUAAGAAUGUUUCUUUGCGUUACGAAAAUCACAAAUUCAGUAAUUUUUUGUGUCGAUUUAUUAUGUGAGCACUGUGUAGAAAUUUGCACAAAAAAAAAAGAAG